AUGGUUGCAAUCCCGACGACUUUCAAGUUAUUGCUGUUAUUAGUUUACUCCGUGGAAAUGCAAAUUAUUGAAGAUGUCAACAAGAGCGGUGGAAUUGAAUUACAUGGAAGAAAUGAAAUAUUGUCGAGGAAAAAAAGAUUCAUCAUAUUCCCCGAAGGAAGCUCUUUCCAGCUUGGUGAGUCCGAGAAAGUCAAUGAGUUUAUAUUGCUUGCUAUUUAUUAUUUUGAAUUUUACAAAUGGAAAUUGUUUUUAUUUUGUACGACAUUUCCAUUGGUAUCACCGAUCGGAGAUAUUGUUCUGUGGGGAUACACAGCGGCCUUAGCCUGGGAAUUACCUCAGGAUCCGUAUUCACCGUUCGAUCAUCACGCCGACCCUUUGCAUAGGCGAAUGGAUUCCAAAGUCGUGUAUUACACGGACGAAGAUGGAAAAGUUAUAUACAGAAGGCCCUACAAGAGGAAAGCUAUCGUGAAUCCUGCAUUCGCGAAACGAAGCGUCGACGUGGACGCAUCGCAAAUAGAAAAAGAGAAAUACGGAAUAGACAGGAAACAGAUGCAUGCCUCGAAAAACAGGCGCGCGAUUUUGAAUAGCACCGACUAUGAGCAACAGACCGUUGAAUUCCACAGGACCAGUCGCGUAUCGCUCUACCAGAAAAUUGAGACAAUGCUUCAAGGACUCGGAGCCAAUGGCAAACACUGCAUGUUGAAGACAUUAUGUAUAGUGGGGAAGACAAAUGACCAUCCCCAAGGAGCUUUCUUACAGGAGAUACUGAGGGCCGUGUUCACGUUACCACAGGGAGGUUCGGAUGAAUUUCAAAAAGAAUAUGAAGCAGCACACUAUGCGAAAGAAUCCUGCGAUGAGCUGUAUCCAGAUUGUGACCAAACUGUUCUGGAAGCUAAUUAUCCUACGUUGAACUAUUGAAUAUAAUAUAUGUAUAUACAACACUGCG